UCCUGAUUUGACAUUUAUUUCAUGGUUGAGCAUGGGGGUCGGUGGGCGAUGAUUGCCACCGUCACAAUCGCGCUUCGUUCGACGCGCAGGUCUCCCCGCGUCCAAUUGCCCCACUUGAUCCAGGGCAUCCAUCCCCCGAAUCCGCAAGCCCCAAAGCGAGGCCCUACCUGCAACUCAGCGCUGAGGAACCGACAGGCUGCCGUGGAAAUUGAUCCGGAGCCGUUCCAUCCAAGUUGGGAUCGACAUCACGCAUGUGGCCGCCACAUCGUCCAGCAAUCUCACCCUAAAACUCGAUUUACGGAGCCCUGCCGCAGCCAGAAAUCCGGGAAGCCCUCGGCAGAACACAAUCACAGUCGGCGCAUGUCGUUGUCUAUGAGGCCGGCAGCUGAAUGCCCAUGCGCAAUGUGCAUCUUUGAACAGGGGCGCUUUGCAGAUGCAUGCAUGCGAAGUAACCUUCUCUUUGGCAGGGUUUCUUUGGUAAGGCCCAGUGGCGAGUCUCGUACGCUCAUGUACUACAUAUGCUAUGAAGCAGACCUGCGAGACCUUGGGCUACCACCACUCUCGACCAUAAUUCAGCCAUGAUCGACACCAAUGCAACGGCUCAGAUCCGCCCAAAACUAACUCACAUACUGCAGCAUUUAACCUCGGCUACAUAUCAGAUACCUUUCCCUCCCCGACUGUCUGCCGCAGAGAGCGGAGAGGUUCUGGCUGUCAGGCACCAUCUCGCCAGGAUCAGCUAUUACCAUGAGACUCUAUCGAAACAC